ACUCAUCAUAUAUACACAUACAUAACUAACUAUACAUUUAGUUCUAAUUCUCCCUCCUUGAUUAAGAUCGAUGGCCGUCAUGAAAACUUUCGUAUAUCUUUCUUCUUCCCCUAUAGCUCACCAAAACUCCAUAUUUAUAUCAUCACUGCCGAGCCUAUAAAUCGAAAAAAAUAUAUUUAUUUUCUUCUAUGUCGAUCAUGGCUCGUUCAUUAUUAUCUAUAACUUCAUUUCCUUCAUCUCGUCGUAAUCUGAGUGAAUUAAAAGGACUAUUUUGGAUACCCACAGGCUUUCUUCUCGGCAUAUAUUUCUUCAUUUUCUUCCAUGUCUCUUCAACUAUGAAGCUGGUUGUUCGGGAUUAUCCUCACCAUACUCAUUUUUACAUCACCCCGAAACUUAGUAGCUCUUUCAACAACAUCACUUCGCUUGCCGCGAAUUCUUCGAGAAAAUACGUUGUUCAGAUCGAUCAACGCGACGAAAUCGAAAUUUUGCAUUUUAAUACUUCGGAACCAUUGUUGAUACCUCGACCUGAACCUGAGAUUAUUGCUUCCACAGAAAGAAACGAGAGCUCCGAUGACAUUUAUACUCAACGUUUCAGGAGAGUUGACCAAGAGAUCACAAAAGGUGAAGAAUUGAAAAUUGAGGAGGAUAUAUUUCAUGACAGAAAUUUAUUUCUAGAGGACUACAAAGAAAUGAAUUCGAGUUUAAAAAUAUUUGUGUACCCCCACAAGCCCAACCAUCCAUUUGCAAAUGUACUCUUGCCAUACAAAUUUGAACCGGGUGGCAACUACGCGAGCGAAAGUUACUUCAAAAAAGCUCUUAUGACGAGCCAUUUUAUUACCAAUGACCCAUCUGAAGCAGACUUGUUUUUCCUACCAUUUUCCAUUGCAAGUCUGAGACAUGAUAAAAGAGUUGGCGUUGGUGGCAUUCAAGAUUUUAUUCGAGAUUAUAUUUAUGAAAUUAGUCAUGAGUAUCCGUACUGGAAUCGGAGCGGGGGAGCUGAUCAUUUCUAUGUUGCUUGUCAUUCCAUUGGAAAGAUGGCGAUGGAGAAAGCUGUGGAAGUGAGAGGCAAUGCCAUUCAGCUUGUUUGUUCCUCUAAUUACUUUUUGCAAGGGUAUGUUCCUCAUAAAGAUGCAUCAGUGCCUCAGAUAUGGCCUAGACAAGGAGACCCUCCUAAUCAACCACCCUCUAAAAGGAAAACGCUUGCAUUUUAUGCUGGAGCUAUGAACUCUCGAGUGCGCGAGAGUCUUGUUGGUCUUUGGAAAAAUGACUCAGAAAUUUCGGUUCAUCAAAACAGGUUGAAAACACCAUACCAUGAAUCACUUCUUGGAAGCAAAUUCUGUAUCCAUGCUAAAGGUUUUGAAGUGAACACGGCUCGUAUAGGUGAUGCUCUGUAUUAUGGCUGUGUUCCCGUGAUAUUAGCAGAUCAUUAUGAUCUUCCCUUUGCUGAUACAUUGAAUUGGAAGAGCUUUUCUGUCGUUGUUUCGACUGCAGAUAUACCAGAGUUGAAGAAGAUACUGAAGGAGAUUGAAUUUGAAGAGUAUGUAAAGUUGCAGAAGAAUGUGAUGGAAGUGCGGAAUCAUUUUCAGUGGCAUACAUUUGCUGUGAAUUAUGAUGCUUUUUACAUGGUUAUGUAUGAGUUGUGGCUUAGAAGAACUACAAUUAGGGUUUAUUAAUUUUUUCUGGUUAUGUAUAGUUAAUGAGCAUAAUUGUUUGAGUAAAAGACAGAGUGGUGGUUAUAGUUUUUCAAA